CUCUAGUUUGGUGUGCUUUUGUGUAUGAAGAGGGAAAGAAUGAGAGAAAGAGACAGAGAGAGAAAGAGACACAGACGUUGGUCAGGCUUCUGCUGACAGAUGACUUUUCCUCAGUUGCUGGUUCCCUUGCCUGUCAGUAAAGUGGCUGGUAAGUGGAAGAACCCGAGAAGGGGAGGGCAUUUGUGGGUGGGUGUGAGAGAGAAGGAGAGAGAGAGAGAAAUUCGGCACUGCAAGGAAUGAGGGCUGCCUUUCAUAGCACAGAGGGGAGACGCAGAGUGAGUCCAGCGAAUGGCAAGGCGGAUAACUGGGAGCUGUACAUCUGCCAGUACUAUAAGGCCUCCCAUUCAGACAGCUUAAUUGUCCGCAAGGCUUCCCCCACCCCCUCCCUCGCCCCUGAUAAAGAUCCUUCAGCUGGUAUUACUGAUUGUAUCCUUGGCUUAUUGUGUAAAAAUAAAAAAUAAAAAUCUGUGGGUUGCCUUCAAUCUGGAGAUCAGCCUCUGAUCCCUUCCAUCACUCUGAGGAACAUGGCAUGCCACCGCAGCUGCCCCCCGGAGCACACCUGAAAUUUUUUGCUCCUAGCGUGGAAGCCAGGGUUGUGCGUGGCAGAGGGGGGAGCAUUUGGAGGCAGGGGGGAAAUAUGGUUGCUGCUCCUGGUCAGUGUUAACCAAAAAAGAAAAAGAAAAAGGAAAUUGGAGCGUGUGCAUGUUUCGGGGGAAGCAUCCAUUCUCUCUGAGCUUUGACCAAAGUGAAAACCUAGAGCUAUGGAGUCUCCAACGAAGGAAAUUGAAGAAUUUGAGAGCAACUCUUUGAAAUACCUGCAACCGGAACAAAUAGAGAAGAUAUGGCUUCGCCUCAGAGGACUGAGAAAAUAUAAGAAAACGUCACAGAGGUUACGAUCUUUGGUGAAGCAGCUAGAGAGAGGAGAGGCUUCCGUUGUUGACUUGAAAAAGAACUUGGAAUAUGCUGCUACAGUGCUUGAAUCUGUGUACAUUGAUGAAACCAGGCGUCUGUUGGAUACGGAAGAUGAACUCAGCGAUAUCCAGUCAGAUGCUGUGCCCUCGGAAGUACGGGAUUGGCUGGCUUCUACUUUCACACGGCAAAUGGGGAUGAUGCUGAAAAGGAGCGAGGAAAAGCCACGAUUCCGGAGUAUUGUGCAUGCAGUUCAGGCUGGGAUAUUUGUGGAGAGAAUGUACAGACGGACAUCCAAUAUGGUUGGACUUAGCUACCCACCAGCUGUCAUUGGAGUGCUAAAGAACGUAGACAAGUGGUCCUUCGACGUAUUUGCACUAAACGACGCUAGUGGGGACCAUGCACUGAAAUUCAUUUUCUACGAAUUGCUCACACGUUAUGAUUUGAUCAGCCGCUUCAAGAUUCCAAUAUCUGCUCUUGUCUCCUUUGUGGAAGCCCUGGAAGUUGGCUACAGCAAGCAUAAAAAUCCAUAUCACAACCUAAUGCAUGCCGCAGACGUCACACAGACUGUUCAUUACCUCCUUUUUAAGACAGGUGUAGCGCACUGGUUGACAGAGCUGGAAAUCUUCGCUAUGAUCUUUGCUGCUGCCAUCCACGACUAUGAGCACACGGGAACCACAAACAACUUUCAUAUUCAGACACGGUCAGAUACAGCCAUUCUUUACAAUGAUCGGUCUGUGUUAGAAAACCAUCACCUCAGCGCGGCGUUCCGCCUUCUGCAAGAUGACGAGGAGAUGAAUAUCCUGUCUAACCUCUCAAAGGAUGAUUGGAGAGAAUUUAGGACUCUGGUGAUUGAGAUGGUGUUGGCCACAGAUAUGUCCUGUCACUUCCAGCAAAUCAAAGCCAUGAAGAAUGCGUUGCAGCAGCCAGAAGGAAUUGACAAACCGAAAGCCUUAUCGCUGAUGUUGCAUACAGCCGACAUCAGUCAUCCUGCCAAGGCAUGGGACCUCCAUCAUCGCUGGACCAUGUCCCUGCUAGAGGAGUUUUUCAGACAGGGUGACAAAGAAGCAGAGCUAGGGCUUCCUUUUUCCCCUUUGUGCGACCGUAAAUCCACCAUGGUUCCUCAGUCUCAAGUAGGUUUUAUUGAUUUCAUUGUGGAGCCCACUUUCACUGUGCUGACUGACAUGACAGAGAAGAUUGUAACACCUCUCAUUGAGGAAGCCUCCCACUCUGGCAUGACAGGGUUUAGGCGUUCCAGGUCGGUAUCCAUUUUCCAUUGACAGCUCAGCUCCCAA